AUGCUGGAAAUACGAAAUUGUAGUCAUUUGGUAAAUAGUGGGAAGAGGAUUGUACCUUUAGUGACUCACCAUAGAAUAAAUACGAAAGUAUGGCAUAAGACCCGACUUUAUUCGUGCACGACUAGUUCUUCAGAAACGCAAGAAACACCCAAUUCUCGAAGUAAUAAUGUUUUGGACGAACUCAAACAAAGAGGUUUAGUAUGUCAGGUCUCACAACCAGAAAACGACCUACGGAUGAGGUUAAGUUGCAAUGAAAAGAUCAAACUUUAUUGUGGGGUGGAUCCCACUGCUCAGUCAUUGCACUUGGGUAAUCUAGUUCCUUUAAUGGUUUUGUUACACUUUUACGUCAAAGGACACGACGUUGUGACGGUUAUAGGCGGAGCUACUGGGAAAGUUGGAGAUCCUAGUGGGAGGAAAACCGCAAGAGACGUUAUGGAGAAUGAUAUCAGACAAAACAACAUCCAAUCGAUAUCGGAACAACUACAGAGAUUUUUCCAAAAUGGAUUAAAGUACUACACCGAUCGACACGACAGAAGAGGGAUCAAGCCUUAUGGGAAAUACACGCCAAGAAAUAAUUAUAACUGGUGGAAAGAUAUCAAAAUGUUGGAUUUUUUGGCUGAUUUUGGUAAACACAUCAGGGUGCAAUCAAUGCUAGCGAGAGAUUCAGUCUCUUCGAGACUAGAAAGUCAAAAUAGUCUUGGUUUUAAUGAAUUUACUUAUCAAAUCUUACAAGCUUACGAUUUUUAUCAUUUGUAUAAGGAAGAGAACGUCAGUGUACAAGUUGGUGGCAAUGACCAAUGGGGGAAUAUAACAGCAGGGAUUGACCUUAUCAAUCGGUUACAGCCUACACAGAAAAAGGGCGUGCCAUUUGGUGUUACAGUGCCCUUAUUGACAACGGCAACAGGUGAGAAAUUCGGGAAGAGUGCAGGUAACGCUGUUUUCAUUGACCCUUCAAUAAACACAGCAUAUGACGUUUACCAGUUUUUUUUCAAUACUUUGGACGCUGAUGUGUCCAAGUUCUUGAAAAUCUUCACUUUCUUAAGUUCAAAUGAAAUCGAUUCUGUUAUGGAAAUGCAUAUCAAAUCACCUAAUCUACGUCAUGGCCAAACGCUAUUAGCCAAAGAAGUUACUGAUAUGUUAUAUGGAGUUGGAUCCGGUACAGACUCAGAGACGCUUUCUAACGUUAUUUUUGGGCAUUAUGACGGCACUUUAUCUGCUGCCAGAUUGAAAGACCUGUGUUACAAGGCCAAGAUCCUACAACAUGCAGAUAAGAAGGACAACUUAGUCAAGUUAAUCGCUAAACUAGGGGACUGUUCAAUUUCUGAAGCCAAAAGGAAACUUUCUCAAGGAAGCAUCUAUUUACAUCAUUCAAGAAUCAAAGUCAAAGAGGACGUUGCCGAGUGGGGUCCUUAUUUAAUAGACGAUCAAGUAUUGAUUUUGAGGAUAGGAAAGCAAAAAUGCUUUAUAAUAGAAAUGCAUUGA